GUUGAGGGGCGGGGCUUGACGUCAGGAGCCAAGAUGGCAGCCGUCGUUGGAGUCUCCUUGAGGCGCGGCCUCCCGGCCGUGAGCCAGGGUGGCGCCUGCCUGCAGGCCUGCCGUGGGGCCCAAACAGCUGCGGCCGCAGCUCCCCGCAUCAAGAAGUUCGCCAUCUACCGGUGGGACCCGGACAAGGCUGGAGCUAAACCUCGCAUGCAGACUUACGAGGUUGAUCUGAAUAAGGAAUCAGAGAGGGUUCAAACAACAGUAGAUUUCUUCUUCAAACGCAUCAGGGUCAUCAGUAGAACUGAGCGGAUGCUGUUCCCCAGGCCCCUGUCCGUCUCCACUGCCGUCCUGAACCUCAGGGCUGUCUGUCUCCUGUUGGGCCUCAGCCAUGGCACACACCUUCAGGCAGGGAGGAGGAGGGUGUGUCCCUUGACGGCCCUGAAGGAGGACCGGAAAGCUGGACGAAGCCUGCUGAGCGGAAGGCCGUUGAGUGUUUUCUGUCUCGUAGGGAUCUGUGGCUCUUGUGCGAUGAACAUCAACGGAGGCAACACCCUGGCUUGCACUCGCAGGAUCGACACCAACCUCAAUAAAGUCUCCAAAAUCUACCCACUGCCACAUAUGUAUGUGAUAAAGGAUCUUGUCCCUGACUUGAGCAACUUCUAUGCUCAGUACAAAGUCAUCGAGCCUUACCUGAAGAAGAAGGAUGAAUCCCAGGAGGGCAAGCAGCAGUAUCUGCAGUCCAUAGAAGACCGGGAGAAACUGGACGGGCUCUACGAGUGCAUUCUCUGUGCCUGCUGCAGCACCAGCUGCCCUAGCUACUGGUGGAACGGCGACAAGUAUUUAGGUCCUGCCGUCCUCAUGCAGGCCUACCGCUGGAUGAUCGACUCUAGGGACGAAUUCACCGAGGAGCGGCUGGCCAAGCUGCAGGACCCCUUCUCCCUGUACCGCUGCCACACCAUCAUGAACUGCACCCAGACAUGCCCCAAGGGGCUGAACCCAGGGAAAGCCAUUGCUGAGAUCAAGAAAAUGAUGGCAACCUACAUGGAGAAGAAAGCUGCGGCCUAGCCGUGCUCCGUGGACUCUUCGUGCUGCUGCUGCUGCUUCGCCCUGGUGACAGCUCAGAGCUGCACAUCACGCUAUCUGAUUUGAGCUCCUUCACAGUCUUGACUUUCCAUUAGUACAGCAUGUAUAACUGAACACUUUAAGAAAUAAAUGUUAUUCUACUUUAAUAACAAAAAGGCAAGCCUAUUCCUUUUCCUUGCUUAAGUGGAUUGUGAAGGUGCCAGCAGUCCUGGUCUCUGGAGAGGUGGGCAGAGCCCCAGAACUGGCUGCAGAUGUGACACUGUGUCCAGCUCUGUUCUCCACCAGCUGGCUGACCUUGGACCAGUGCCUCGCAUCUUUAUUCCUGUAUUUGCCCAUCUGUCAAAUGGGAAUCAUUGUACCUACCUCACAUGUGAGAAUGCCUAGCACUUAUUCUCAGUGAUUAAUAAAUGUUAGCUCCAUCCA